GAUACACUUAUGUCCCUCGAGUUUCAGAACUUCGGCGUCUCUGACCCCUUUGCCAAUGACACCACCAAGGCUGGUGGUGUUGGCGGCAACGCUUCUACGCAUCUCAUCCAUAUAAGAAAUCAGCAGCGGAAUGGCCGCAAGAGUGUGACUACGGUCCAAGGUCUUCCGAAGGCCUUUGAUCUGAAGAAGAUGGUUCGAGCCCUUAAAAAGGAGUUUAGUUGUAACGGCACCGUUAUCGAAGACCCCGAGCAUGGCAGCAUCAUUCAGCUGCAAGGCGAUCAGCGGCAGGCAGUAAAGGAGUUUCUUGAGCGCGAAGGGAUUUGUGGAUCCGAGCAGCUGCGCAUACACGGCGUGUAA